AUGGCCGUCUCCGCAGAUGCAGCUGUUGUGGAACUUCUUGAUAGCAGUAACUAUCUAGAUUGGAGUGUAUUGGUUAAAACUUACUUGUUGGCUCAAGACCUUUGGGAUGUAGUGGAAGAAGAAGAAGAAGAAGAAGCUGAUGAUGAGUUCAAAGCUUGGAGGAAGAAGAAUGCCAUGGCUUUACAUAAAAUCCAAAUUUCGUGCGGGCGGGAAGCUUUUUCCCUCAUUAGAAACACCACUUCAGCCAAAAGCGCUUGGGAUACUUUGGCAGAAAAGUUCAAGCCAAAACCAUUUCUUACAAGAUAUGACAAUGACUACAAUCAGUAUAAACCGUUGUUCGAUGCUGUGAGGAGUGGUGAUUGGAAUAAAGCGAAGGAUUUUCUUACCCUACAUCCCAAUGCAAUAAGAGCAAGACUUCCAUCUAGAGGCAUGAUAGCUCUUCACUUGGCAACUGAACUAGAGCACGAGCAUAUUGUGGAAGAGUUGGUGCAGUUGAUGUAG